UGUCAGUCAAUGCCAAACAGCCAAACCGAACAAAGAUCGGAGAUAUCAAGAUUUUUUUUAUUUUUCUGCUUGGAAAGUCAGUGCAAUUCUGUAAAUAUUAUUAUAUUAAUUUUGCGGGGAAUGCUCAAAGUACAAUUUGUGAUACUCUUUAGUGCGAUGUAUGAACUUAGUCAUGUUAAUUAGUGAUUACUGCAGUGGGCUCAGCGGCGCGAAAUCGUUCAAUAUGGCCGCCGGAACUGGAACCGUUUCUCAGAUUUGUUUACUGCGGGUCCGGCUGUGUUAUUUUUGUUAGUAGGCAAAGAGUGAUAGUGUAUUAUAAGUAAAUUGGCUAUUUUGUUUAGAGCAGAUUCGAUUAUUUAUAUGAUCUCCUCUAAAAUAUUAGAUUUUAAGAAGUGCAUUGAAUUAAAAUAGUGCAUUAGUGAUCUUCUUUUCUGUUUAUAUGGGCCGGCCGAGUCCCUGUGUGUGUUUAGUGAAUAAAAGUAUUUCGUUGUGAGUGCUUCCCGUCCCUCGCAAUGUCUCAGCAUGAGCGGUCGGAGCCGCGAUGAGCGCGCCACGGCCGCGCCUGCAGCUGUCGCCGCUGCCGUGCCGCCACUCAUGGGGGUGGAGCGCGUGGUGGGCGUGGUGCCGGGCGGCGGGGGCGGCGCGGAGGCGCUCAACGGCGCCGCCGCGCCGCCCGAGCGCGCGCCCGAGGAGCCGCCGCGCAAGCGCACCAAGCUCGAUGAAGCGCCGUCGCUGCGCAAGCGCGUGCUCGAGUACAAGCUGCUGCGGCUCAAGACGCUGCGUGACCGGUACACGGAGCAGCUCAGCGAGCUGUACUUCCUGCAAGCCGGCGGCAACAUGAUGGACUACGCGGCGUGGCACAAGCGGCCGCCCGCGCCGCAGCUCGUGGCGUUCCUGGAGGCGCGCCGGCCGCCGCCCGUGCCGCCGCCCGAGCCGCCCGCGCCCGACCCGCCGCCGCCGCCCACAGAGAUGGUGGAGAAGGCGCGACAAGAAGCAUACGUGGCCGCGCGCGUGGCCGAGCUAGCUCGCGCCGGGCUGUGGGCGGAGCGGCGGCUGCCGCGCGUGUGUGAGCCGCCGCGGCCCAAGACGCACUGGGAUUACCUGCUCGAGGAGAUGGCCUGGCUCGCGCAGGACUUCGCGCACGAGCGCAAGUGGAAGAAGCAGGCCGCCAAGAAGUGUGCCCGAGCCGUACAGAAAUAUUUCCAAGACAAGGCGGCCGCGGCGCAGAAGGCGGAGAAGGCGCAGGAGCUGCAGCUCAGGAGGAUCGCCGCCUUCGCGGCCAAGGAGAUCAGGACCUUCUGGCUCAACGUGGAAAAGCUGGUGGAGUGGAAGCGGUCGCGGCGCGUCGAGCGCGCGCGCAAGGAGGCGCUGGACGAGCAGCUGUCCAUCAUCGUGGACCGCACCGAGCGGUACAGCAGGCAGCUGGCCGCCAGCCUGCAGCCGCAGCCCGACACGCCGCCCUCCGACGACGAGUUCACGCCGCGCGGCCCCGACUCCGACGACGAGGAGACCAUCGCGCAGGCCGAGCGGGAGGCGCAGCAUGACGCGUCGCACCACCGCGACGAGAUCGAGGCGCUGCGGCGCGAGUCGCGGCUCGCGCUGCCCGACCUGCUCCCCCCCGGCUACACCCCCGCCGCGCCCUCGCCGCCGCCCUCCCCCGGCUCCUCCGACUACAGCGGCGGCGCCGACUCCGCCGACGACGAGCACACCAUCGCCGCGCAGGAGCGCCGCGAGCGCACCGACCACAAGCGGGAGAUCGACCGGCUGCAGGAGGAGGCCGACCUCGACAUAGAGGAGCUGAGGCGGCGGUACGCGGCCGCGCCGCCGCCGCCCGACGCCGACUCCGAGGAGAGCGAGCCGGACAGCGACGACUCGGCGUCCUCGUCGGCGAGCGGCGGCUCCGAGAGGCUGGCCGCGCUGGUGGACGAGCCGGGCGCCGGCUCCGAGCGGCGCGUGGAGGCGGCCGCCUCGCUGGCCGCCACGCUGCAGCCCACGGGCACCACGCUGCGGUCCACGGCCGUGGCCACGCCCGUGCCGCGCCUGCUGAGGCACCCGCUGCGCGAGUACCAGCACGUGGGGCUGCACUGGCUGGCCACCAUGCACGCGCGCGCGCUCAACGGCAUCCUGGCCGACGAGAUGGGGCUGGGCAAGACCAUCCAGACCAUCGCGCUGCUCGCGCACCUGGCCCAAGAGCGCCACGACUGGGGGCCGCACCUCGUGGUGGCGCCCACCUCCGUCGUGCUCAACUGGGAGUGCGAGUUCAAGAAGUGGUGUCCCGCCUUCAAGAUCCUCACCUACUAUGGGACCAUCAAGGAGCGCAAGCUGAAGCGCGUGGGCUGGACGAAGCCGAACUCGUUCCACGUGUGCAUCACGUCCUACAAGCUGGUCGUGCAGGACCACCAGUCCUUCCGCCGCAAGCGGUGGCGGUACCUCGUGCUCGACGAGGCGCAGAACAUCAAGAACUUCAAGAGCCAGCGCUGGCAGAUGCUGCUCAACUUCCAGACCGACAGACGGCUGCUGCUGACGGGCACGCCGCUGCAGAACAGCCUGCUGGAGCUGUGGUCGCUGAUGCACUUCCUCAUGCCCGACGUGUUCGCGUCGCACUCGGAGUUCCGCGAGUGGUUCGCGCCGGUGGCCGCGCUCGCGGGCGAGGGCGGCGCCGGCGCCGGCACCGCGGGCUUGGUGCGACGGCUGCACGAGGUGCUGCGGCCUUUCCUGCUGCGGCGGCUGAAGGCAGACGUGGAGCGGCAGAUGCCACGCAAGUACGAGCAUGUGCUGAUGUGCCGCCUCGCCAAGCGGCAGCGCUGCCUCUACGACGACUUCAUGGCGAGGGCCAAGACGAAAGAGAGCCUGGCAUCCGGCAACCUGCUGAGCGUGAUCAACAUUCUCAUGCAGCUGCGGAAAGUGUGCAACCACCCCGACCUGUUCGAGCCGCGCGCCGUCGCCUCGCCCUUCCACAUGGACGCGCUGCGGAUACACGUGCCCGCCGUCGUACUACUGGAGGAGGUCCGGGAACGGAUCGAGCGCGCGGCGCGUCUCGGCGGCGACCUCGCCUCCCUGGAGGCGAGCGACGCGGGCGCGUUCGCGGCGCACCGCGCGCGCCACCUGGCGCCGCCGCGCCGCAUGGUGGAGGAGCUGCGCGCCGCGCCGCCGCCCGCGCCGCCGCGCCCGCCCGCGGCCGAGCUCCGGAUACAUCUGCGGCUCGUGCCGCGCGCGCUGCCGCCCGCCGCGCUGGGGGCCGCCGCGGCGCCCCCGCUGCGCGUGCGGCCCCCGAGGCGGUCCGCCCGGGCGCCGGCCGCCGCGCCGCCGCCGCCCGCGGCCGGCGCCGCCGCGCGGCUGGAGGCGCGGCGCCGGGCGAGCCUGCGGCGCCUCGCCGCGGCCAACGAGCGGCGCUGCUGGCGCCUGCCGCUGCUGGGCGCCGACCUGCGCCGCGCCGUGCUGGCGCCGCCGCCCGCCGUCCCCGCGCCGCUGCACCCGCCCGACCCCGCCGCGCUGCUCGAGCGGAUGCGCGACGUCGUCGACAGGUUCGGCGUGUGUUGGCGCUCCUGCGUGGCGACGACGCCGACGCUGGAGGCGGGCGCGGGCCGCGGCGCGCGCGACUGGCGGCGCGCGGCGCGCUCGGCGGAGCGGGCCGCCGCGGCGCCGGCGCGGGCGGCCCUGGCGCGGCUGCACGCCGCCGCGGGCCGCCAGACCGUGGCCUUCCCGCACCCGCGCCUGCUGCAGUUCGACUGCGGCAAGCUGCAGGCGCUGGCGCCGCUGCUGCGCCGCCUGAAGGCCGGCGGCCACCGCGUGCUCAUCUUCACGCAGAUGACGCGCGUGCUGGACGUGCUGGAGGCCUUCCUCAGCCUGCACGGGCACGCGUACGCGCGGCUGGACGGCGCCACCAGGGUGGAGCGGCGCCAGGCGCUGGUGGAGCGCUUCAACGCGGACGCGCGCCUGUUCGCCUUCAUCCUGUCCACGCGCUCCGGCGGCGUCGGCCUCAACCUCACCGGCGCCGACUGCGUCAUCUUCUACGACUCCGACUGGAACCCCACCAUGGACGCGCAGGCCCAGGACCGCUGCCACCGCAUCGGGCAGACGCGCGACGUGCACGUGUUCCGGCUGGUGACGCAGGCCACGGUGGAGGAGAACAUCCUGCGCAAGGCCACCGAGAAGCGGCGCCUCGGCGAGCUGGCCAUCGACGACGGCCACUUCACCACCUCCUACCUGCGCGAGACGAGCAUCAAGGAGCUGUUCGGGUCGGGCGCGGACGUGGCGGCGGGCGGCGACGUGGAGGGCGCGCUGGCGGCGGCCGAGGACGAGCAGGACGCCGCCGCCGCGCGCGCCGCCCGCGUCGAGCAGCAGGGCGAGCUGGCCGAGUUCGACGAGGCCGUGCCGCUGCGCGACGACGACCCCGCCGACCGCAGGGACGAGCUCGCCGCGCUCAUGAGCCAG